UGUUCACUUGAUCUGAGAUCAGGACCGAGUCUCCCGCAGUCCCCAGCAGGCCUGGUAUGGGUAAUGGUGUGAAGGAAAGCUCCGUGGGUUUGCGUGAGGAUGCAGAGGCUACCCUACACUCGCCGGUCUCUUCCAAGAGCGAACACAGGCAAGUGCUCAGCUCCCUCCUGUCCGGGGCCCUAGCUGGUGCCCUCGCCAAAACAGCUGUAGCCCCCCUAGACCGGACCAAAAUCAUCUUUCAAGUGUCUUCAAAAAGAUUUUCAGCCAAGGAGGCCUUCCGGCUCCUCUACUUCACAUACCUCAACGAGGGCUUCUUUAGCCUGUGGCGUGGGAACUCGGCCACCAUGGUGCGAGUGGUGCCCUACGCUGCCAUCCAGUUCAGCGCACACGAGGAGUACAAGCGCAUCCUGGGCCACUACUACGGCUUCCGCGGAGAGGCCUUGCCCCCGUGGCCCCGCCUCCUGGCCGGAGCCCUGGCUGGGACGACCGCCGCCUCGCUGACCUACCCCCUGGACCUGGUCAGAGCGCGCAUGGCCGUGACCCCCAAGGAAAUGUACAGCAACAUCUUUCACGUCUUCAUCCGCAUCUCCCGGGAAGAGGGGCUGAAGACUCUGUACCAUGGAUUUACACCUACUGUGCUCGGGGUCAUUCCCUACGCUGGCUUGAGCUUCUUCACCUAUGAGACACUCAAGAGCCUACACAGAGAGUACAGCGGCCACCGACAGCCCUACCCCUUCGAGCGCAUGAUCUUCGGGGCCUGCGCCGGCCUCAUCGGCCCAUCCGCCCCCUACCCCCUGGACGGGGUGCGGGGGAUGCAGACGGCCGGCGUCACCGCCCCCCCGCGCACCUCCAUCGCCUGCACCCUGCGCACCAUCGUGCGCGAGGAAGGCUGGGUGCGCGGCCUCUACAAGGGCCUGAGCAUGAACUGGCUCAAGGGCCCCAUCGCCGUGGGCAUCAGCUUCACCACCUUCGACCUCAUGCAGAUCCUCCUUUUGCACCUGCAGAGCUAAGGGGCCCCCCCGCGGGCAGCCGGCUGCUUUCCGCAGGGCGGGGUGCUGGCCCUUUGGGUUUUCCGAGUCCUACGACACACGAGGGUGUGCCCCGGAGCGGGGGAGCCACAUCGGGCACUCCGUGGAACAGGCAGACGGGCCUGGGGAGGAGCUGGGCUCAGAUUGGUAAGUUCGAGAGGGCAAAGCAGGCGUUGGGGCCCUGCAAAUGCGCCCUUGGAGGACGGCUGGAGGCUUUGGGUUCCUCCUCCGGGCAGGCGUCUGGGACUGUCAGCUCCGCCUCCUGGCGCUGAGUCUCCUCCCACUAGCUGCUAAUUUGGUCACCCCUGUCCCCACUGGCUUGGAGCCGCGCGUGCCUGGCCUCCAGACCCUGAAGACACCUGUUUCCUGCAGCCGCACCUUGUCCGGGCUGGGCUGCGGCUCAUGGUCAAACUUUGGCUCCGAAGGCACCCCCUCUCCACCCGCCCCCAGCUUCCCUUGCCUUCUCCAUUGUUAUCUAGGGGACAGUGACUCCUGGUCCCCAGACCCUCCUGCUCAGAAAUAGCCUUCCUGGGCCAGCAGGUGGAGGGGGAGGUUAAGGUGGUUGGAUCCCACAUGGUUGACAGCACAGUUCGAAUCCCAGAUGCAGAGGUUUGAGAAUCAUGCCG